AUGGGUUCACAGAAUUAUGGAGUGUGUAACGACAGUUUCUUAUUCUUUCUUGGUGAAUGGGCAGUUGAGGCUAACACAGUUCAAAACAUUUUGAGUCAUUAUGAAGUUUUGUCUGGUCAAAAGGUUAAUGUGGAGCAAAGCGAGAUCUCGUUUAGUAAUAAGCUUGAGCCUAGGACCCGUCACCUUAUCAGGAUUUCUUUGGGUUUUGUGGAGGUUGCUAUGCAUGGCAAAUACUUAGGUCUCCCUACGAUUUUUGAUAAAUCUAAGAAGAUUUCUUUUACGGCUGUACGUGAUAGGGUGUGGAAGAAAUUGCAAGGUUGGAAAGAGAAGUUGCUUUCGAGAGCGGGGAAAGGGGUUCUUAUUAAAGUUGUUGUUUAG